CAUCGUAACGAAAGAGAUACAGUGUCAGCGCUCGCAAAUCAUCCCGAAAGUGAUUUAGAUUAAGGCGACGGUGAUGUUUGCGAAAUGAUCGAUCGUCUUUGACUUUGACUCUCACUCGUCGAACCGGCAUACCGAUUUUUACCCUUGCUUUUGAAAUCUACCGGUCGCUUUUUCAAAAUGAUCGAAGACAGCUCUCUGUUCGACAUGGCGGACGAGCUGCUGUUCUCAGCCUUGGGCCUCGAGACGAGUACACCACAGUUGGACGCGGAGAGCCUGGGCUCGUCACCCUCGAGUUUCCUCUCGGAGUACGAGACCCCGUGCACACCGUCGAGCGGCAGCUCGGAGAGCCUCGAGACCAACCUGACCACGAUACCAGGCGUGCACGACUUUUACAGCGACUCCUCCUCGCCCGAGUUACCCUGGAACGACUGGAGUGCUGGCACUUUUUCGUUCAUCGACUUCAACGAGUUGGUGCCCGAGCUCGAUUGGUGGACGGACGGGGACUGCGGUGGUGCGAGCCUACCCGUGAGGACGCCCCUCUGUACACCUGGUUGCGAGGACUUUCUGUACCUGCCGAUACCCGCUAAGGCCUCCCAACAACAGCUCGAGGAGCCGCUUCUGGUUUUAGGCGUCGAUCGUAGGCCCUUGGACGACAACUUUGUCAUGACCCAAGACGUCAACUACCAGCUCGCCACGAGUGACGGUUCGGCGGACGUGGCUCUGGCGACUCACGAUUACUCGCAUCGCGAAACUCCUACGGCUCCGUCACCGGCAACCGAGGAGCGCUGCUUUCCUUGCACGUAUCAGGGCUGCUCCAAGGUUUACGCGAAGGCGUCCCACCUGAAGGCCCAUCUGCGGAGGCACACUGGCGAGAAGCCGUUCGCGUGCACGUGGUCGGGGUGCGGUUGGCGCUUCAGCCGGUCGGACGAACUGGCUCGUCAUCGGCGCUCCCACUCGGGCGUCAAGCCGUAUCCCUGCGAGAUGUGCCCGAAACGGUUCGCCCGCAGCGAUCACUUGGCCAAGCAUCGCAAGGUCCACCGCAAGAACGCUUACAACUCGCGCCUCAAGCAGCCGGCGCUCUGAUCUGUUGGGAUGGUCCUGGUGUUAUUUACUUAGUAUGCUCUGUGCGCGAGGACGCUCCGGUUCUUGAGGUUGCGAGCAAAGUCGAUCUGUUGAGAUUCGAGGAACUGCAUGAUGAAUAAUAAGGGUUUUCUUUUUUUUUUUUCGUAACCCGUUUACGUGUCUUUUACAAGAUUGCAGCUUUCAACCAUGAGCUAUUGACUAUAGUUAGUUUUUACUGUACGACGAUGAAUAUAUAUAUACUUACUCGAGAUUGCGAUAGCGACAAAUGAUGAGCAUAUUUUACUGCAGUAUUA